CUUUCAUUCGCUGGUGGACGGUCGUGGUGGAAUGUUGUCUCAUCUCGCAUGUCGCGCCUCUAUUUCCUGUCUCUUUCGCCUUUGAAAAAUGUCAGGUCUAAAUUUCGCUUAGCGGCAGCCAGUCUGCAGUGAUUUAGUAACGAUUAAAUUGCCAGCAAUUUUGUGUUGACCGUGUCAGGACGGUGCAUAAAUUUUCCGUUUAAAUUAUCAUAUUGCGAUUACGUGUCUCAAUCACGUAUCCCGUUAUUGACUCCGUGAGAAACAUAAGUCAGUUUGCUGGUGCCUCGUUCACAAAUAUUACACAGAUUGAUUCACCAAGAAUUUAAAAGCUAAGAAAACGGCAAGUAAAUUCAUCACAUCGUCAUCGAAAGCAAACUAAUGUUACAAGUUUUUAUUAUUGAAUUGUUGUUUACUCCAUAAUUUUGGUGUCCCGUUUAAAAUGUUCACCUACUUGCUUUCGAUUUACGUUCCUGUUUUGUUUGUGUUGGCGUUGCCCGAUGCCUGGAGCGACGAUGACUUUGACUGGAACUUCGACGAAGACGAUUCAGACUUCAUCUGGAGAGUGAAAGCCUUUGACGGCGCCUAUGACAACAGCGGGAUUUAUGGAGCACUGAACUCUCAUCUGCCCGCAUCCAGCACUUCGUUUUCGUCUCGCCUCGGCAACGCUUUGCCAGUUCAAGCCGACCGCGAUCGUACUUCGAAAUCAUAUCAAGGGAAGUUUCCUCAGCGAGGCGAUGAUGGUUUUCAUCCCCAUUUUGGAUACUGGCAACCUUGGGAAAGUACUUCGAAAGUGUCUCGAGUAGACCCAGGAAUUUAUACCAUUGAAAGGGGGAGAAUGCAUGAUACGUCAUACGCCAUAUAUUACAAAGGCGAGAAUGGCCCCAUCUCACCCAUGCACGACAUUCCUCUCUUUGCGAACGAAGGCAACAAGAUCUUCAACAUGGUGGUCGAAGUGCCGCGAUGGACUAAUGCGAAGAUGGAGAUCGCCACCAAGGAGCCCUUGAACCCGAUUAAACAAGACAUCAAGAAAGGCAAACUGCGCUACGUUGCUAACGUCUUCCCGCACCAUGGCUACAUUUGGAACUACGGAGCUUUGCCGCAGACGUGGGAAAACCCAAGCCACAUAGACGAGUCCACCGGAGAGAAGGGCGACAACGACCCCAUCGAUGUGUGCGAGAUCGGCUACAGGAUCGCUAAACCCGGCGAUGUUCUUCAAGUCAAGGUGCUGGGCAUCAUUGCAUUGGUGGACGAGGGCGAGACUGACUGGAAAGUGAUCGCCAUCGACGUGAACGACCCUCUGGCACCCCAGCUCAGCGACAUCGGCGAUGUGGAGCUGCACAUGCCAGGCUUCAUGAAGGCCACCGUCGAGUGGUUUAAAAUCUACAAAGUUCCUGAUGGCAAACCUGAGAACCAGUUCGCCUUCAACGGAGAGGCUAAGGAUAGAGAAUUUGCUCAUCAGAUAAUCUUGGGCACGCAUGUUCAAUGGCGGGAUUUGGUGUCUGGCAAGUCGGACAAAGGAGAACUGGACAUCAGAGCUGUGACUGUACCAUAUGCCGCUCAGACGCUCUCGGCUGAAGAAGCUUCUCAAAUCAUCACAUCGACGGCAGAAUAUGGCGAACCUGCUGCUGUGGAUCCUAAAGUUGACCAAUGGCAUUACGUGAACUUGAAGUAAAGGCCUCUCGAGGAAGCAGCCUUACAAAUUCCGUUAGAACAACCGUAGUAAGAGGCGGAUCAAAGUCAUCCUUCAUCUCUCCUCAAUACUCGGGCAGCCACGAAAAUUUCUUCCUUUAAAAUAAGACAUUGUCUCUACGUUGUAAAGGUUGCAAUAAGUAAAAGUUGACUCUUGAAAAUCUGUAUUUUUAAAGUUAACAAACGCAA